AUGGAAAAACAAGUGGCCCUAUCAAUAGAAUUGAAUAAAAUCAUUUUGUUGAUUGGCAUACAAUGUGUACAAAAACUUUUGACAAGAAAGAAAAAGAGAAGGAACAGGACGAUUUGGGUUCGUGAUUGGCUAAGUAGAAGAGAAAUUCUUGGAGCAAGUAAUCGAUUGCUAGUAGAAAUGCGAGAAGAAGAUCUUGAUGGUUACAAAAACCAUUUACGCAUGUUACCGCACCAGUUUGACGAGUUACUAUCUAAAAUUGAAAGUGCUAUAAAGAAACAAGAUACACACAUGCGAAAUGCUAUUCCACCAAAAGUGAAAUUGGAAGUAACUUUGAGGUAUCUAGCAACUGGAGAUUCGUUAUACACAUUAGGAGCCCUUCACAGAGUUGCAAGAUCUACUAUAGCUUUAUUUCUACCUGAAGUGUGUAAUGCAAUAUACAAUGCUCUGAAGGAUUAUAUGCGGGUAAGCAAAGUAAACUAA